CCUCUGUCGCGUACACCCGCAUCCGACCUCGCCGUCCCGGUGAGGGCGCGCCGGGGCAUCGGGCCCGGCAGGGGCUGCCCGCGGAGCCUGAGGCCCUGAGGAUGAUGUCUGUGUUCCGGAAGCCCAAGACGUUCAAGCUGCGGGCCCUGCACAACCAGCAGAAGUUUGGGGUGGCGGGGAAGAGCUGCCAGGAGGUGCUGCGGAAGGGGUGCCUCCACUUCCAGCUGCCUGUGCCGGGCUCCCGCCUCUGCCUCUACGAAGACGGCACGGAGCUGACUGCAGGUUACUUCUGGAACGUCCCCGACAACUCGGAGCUCGUGCUGCUCACUGAGGGCCAGACCUGGCAGGGCUAUGUGAGUGACAUCAGUCGCCUCCUCAGUGUGUUCCACAAGCCGCACGUUGGGGUCAUCCAGGCCGCCCGACAGCUGCUGUCCGACGAGCAGGCCCCGCUGCGGCAGAAGCUGCUGGCCGACCUCCUGCACACCAUCAGCGAGAACAUCGCGGCCGAGACCCGGGAUGAGGACCCGCCCUGGUUCGAAGGUCUGGAGCCCCGGUUUAGGAGCAAGUCCAGCUACCUGAGGUUCAGCUGUGAGAGCAGGAUCCGGAGCUACCUGAGGGAGGUGAGCGCGCACACGUCUGCGGUGGGCGUGCAGGCCCGGGAGGAGUUCGUGCGGGUCGUGGACGCCAUGGGCCAGAAGCUGAGGGCUGCGCAGUACAACGGCUGCUACUUCGACCGGGGCGCCAAGGCCGGCAGCCGGCUCUGCACGCCCGAGGGCUGGUUCUCCUGCCAGGGUCCUUUCGAUGUGGCCGGCUGUGCGUCCAAGCACUCCAUCAACCCCUACGGGAACAGGGAGAGCCGGGUCCUCUUCAGCACCUGGAACCUGGACCACGUGAUAGAAAAGAAACGCACCAUUAUUCCCACGCUGGCGGAGGCGAUCGAAGACCAGAACGGCAGACAGGUGGACUGGGAGUAUUUUUACAGCUUGCUCUUCACCUCUGAGAACCUGAAGUUGGUGCACGUUGCCUGCCACAAGAAAACCACCCACAGACUCAGCUGUGACCCUCACAGGAUUUUCAGGCCGCAGACGAAGCCCAGGAGGAAGCGGGCGGCGCGCAAGCGCCCGUGA